GGUGCUGCUAAUGGAACUCCUCACUGGAAUGUGCUCACGGCCGAUUUCGGUGUUGCGAAGCCGACAGGUACGGUGUCUAAAAAGCGACCAUUUAUUGAAGAUCCAUCGAAAACGAUCCAACCUGCUGAAAAAGUGCGCAAAGUAAAUAUACAUAAAAAGAGAAAGUACGCUGAAAGUUAUCUCGGAUUUGGAUUCACGUGGAUAGGCGACGAGGAUAAUCAACAGCCCAAGUGCGUCGUUUGCAAUGAAGUGCUUGCGAAUAGCUGCAUGAAACCUUCGCUGCUCAUCCGUCACCAGGCACGAAAACAUCCUACUUUGGUGGGAAAGUCAAACCAGUAUUUUAAAAAUAUGCAACAACCGACCGUAGCGGAUCAUUUUAACAAAUCCAAACGAGAAAACCAACUUUAUGUUGAAGCGUCGUAUAAGAUCAGUUAUAACAUCGCAAAAUCUGGGAAAGGACACACGAUUGGCGAAACUCUUGUUUAUCCCUGCAUAAAAGAUGCCGUUCAAACCGUUCUAGGCGAUGAGUCCGUGGACAAAAUUUCUAACAUACCUUUGUCCAAUUCAACUGUUCAUCGCAGAAUUGACGAUAUGUCCCAAGCCGUCGAGCUUGAGGUCAUCACGAGACUCCAACGAAGCGCCGGUUUCGUAAUGCAGGUAGAUGAGAGUACGGAUGUCGCAAACCUUGCAAUUUUGCUUGUGAUUGUACGAUACAUGAACGGGACCCAGCCUGAGGAGAACUUGCUGCUUUGCCACCCACUGGAGGAACACACCAAAGCCGCCGACAUCUUCGGCGCCAUCGAUAGUUACUUUUCGAAACCCCCCCCAACCCCCAUGGGCCCUAAUUACGUGAAAAGUGAAGAUCACGAGGCGGAGGACAGGUGA